AUGGAGAAAACUGAUAUUUUUAAAUCCAUUAUAACCACCUUGACCGGACCAAACUACAAUCUAUGGGUCCAAGGAAUGAAGAGUUUUCUGAUCAGACGCAAGCUUUGGCGCAUAGUCACCGGAGAUUUUCAUAACUACGAUUUUGCAAAAGAAAUUUGGGAUUUCUUGAAAAACCGCUAUCAAACCACUGGCCUUGCACAUUAUUAUCAGUUAUGGACCACACUUCACAAUACCAAGCAAGAACCUGGUCAAUCAGUGAAUGAUUUUCUCGCUCAAGUCCAACCAAUUUGGCAUCAAAUAUCGCUUGCCAAAAUCAGUGAAGACCACCUUCAUCUCACUCAAGUCCUUAUGGCUCUUCGGCCCGAAUAUGAAGCCGUACGAGCCUCACUGCUGCAUCGAAAUCCGCUUCCAUCAUUGGACACUGCUAUUCAAGAAAUCAUUUUUUGA